GAAAAUGAUUUCAAUGUUAUCUUUGUUUUAUUUUUGUCUAGGGUUUUCAGGUAAAAAAAAGUAAAGUUUAAACUUCAAACACUGUUUAGGUGACUGCUCACUCAUCUCUUGUCAUCAUUCAUUUGCCAAAAACAACAAAAACGUUGGCAGGGAGAGCAAAAGAAAAAUAAAAAGAAAAUCAAAAUCUAUCUGCUAAGAUUGCACCAGAAUCACUAAAUAGCACAAGAAGCCCAACCUCAAAAACACAACUUUUUGGCGCUUCUAUUACAUAUUUGAUAUUACAAAACAAACAAACAAAACUCACAAAACCCAUCACUAUGCAGUCACCAUUAACCCAAAAGUUCACUGUUUCUCAAUGUUUCUAAGGCAACCCACACACAGGAAACAAGAGAGAGAGAAAAAAAACAUCAAUGGAAGAAGGAGGAGUAGAGGUUGUCUUGGCUAGAGCCAUUGAAUUGAGAUUAAAGAUUAGUAAUUGUAUCCAUAAAGCAAGCACUGACAAUGUCAAUAUCAAUGGCAAUUCUGUUUCUAUUGAAGAAAAGCAAGAAAAAGAGCGUCUUGAGGAGAGUAUUAUUACUGUGAAAGGAGAUAAAGAAAAAAACCCUAAUUUUCAAUCACAUGAUGUGGGGACUUUGAAUGAUGGAGCUGAAGAGGAAGAUGAUGGAGAGGCUGAGAGGCUUUUGCAUAUCCGUGAUGCUCUUGAAUCCCUUGAACAUCAACUCUCUAAUUUACAGGCUUUACAGCAACAGCAACGAUAUGAAAGAGAAGUUGCCCUCAGCGAGAUUGAACAUAGCCGCAAGAUGUUAUUGGACAAGCUGAAGGAGUACAAAGGGGAAGACUUGGAAGUAAUACUGGAAGCUUCUGCAUUUGCUGGUGAAACAGUGGAGCAUAACAAUGAUCUUUUGCUUCCUCCUUAUCCAAGUCGCCCUCCACAAUCCCUAGUUGUAGACAAUCGGCACCUGCCAUACCCUUCCACACGCAAGUCUGUGCGCAAUGGGGUAAUCACUGGUGAAGCAAAGAAGAAUCUGAAUCACUCAGAUAGCAAUCAGGCAGAUACCAAGUCCAAAAGCUUGGGUAAAGGACUGGGUCACGUAAUUGGUACAGCAGCUAAGACGGUGAUUACUGUUCUUGGUGUGAUAUCUGUGUUAAGCUUGUCUGGUUUUGGACCUAAAUUUGGCAAAAGAAAUAUUCCUUUUAAGAUCACAGGCUUGUUUCAGCAACCAGAAAAUAAAGAAAAGAGAAACAGAGAUUGUCCACCUGGGAGAAUACUGGUGCUGGAAGAUGGGGAAGCUCGAUGUGUUGUGAAAGAGAGGGUUGCAAUUCCUUUUGAAUCAGUAGUUUCAAAGCCAGAUGUAAACUAUGGGUCUGGUUAACUUGGUAUUUAACAUCUAUUUGAUUCUUCUUCUUCUUCUUCUUUCUUCUUCUUAGUUUUUCCUUUCUAGAACUUUAUUUUUUUGGUACAUUCAGAAAGAUCAUCUUUUGUAUAUCUUGUUUCUUCAUUAUACAGUGUGAAGAUGAUUUAUUAGCCUACAGUUUCUGUGACAA